GCAAAGUGUCAUGACGCCACUUCCUGACCGGUGGCUUUGCGGGAAGUUUGGUCCUCACACAGCUAAACGUAGAGUCAACACCAAACAACACAGUCAAGAUGCCUCCUAAAUCCAAGGCGGCAGGGAAAGGCAGAGCUCCAGCUAAGAGGAAGCUGGCUGAGGAGUUCCCACCCGGAGAGGUCCUGACUGACACUGGGAAGAAGGCUUGGAAGCUGGGGGCUCCAAUCGGCCAGGGGGGCUUUGGUCUCAUAUAUUUGGCUGAUGAGAAUUCUGCCAAACCUGUAGGUGAGGAUGCUCGCUAUGUCAUCAAAGUGGAGCCCAGUGAUAAUGGACCACUGUUCUCUGAGCUCAAGUUUUACAUGAGAGCUGCUAAGCCUGAUCUGAUUCAGAGCUGGAUGAAGUCUCACAAGUUGAAAAGUCUGGGAGUUCCCAGGUACUGGGGCUCUGGUCUGCAUGAGAGAGACGGGGGAAGGUACAGGUUCAUGGUCGUUGACAGGCUUGGCACAGACCUGCAGAAGAAGUUUGAGGAAUGUGGAAGGAGGUUCCCCAGGAAACUGGUCCUGCAACUCGGCCUUCGACUGCUGGAUAUUCUGGAGUACAUACAUGAGCACGAGUAUGUGCAUGCUGACAUUAAGGCAUCCAACCUUGUGCUGAGCCACAGUGAUCCCAACCAGGUUUACUUAGUAGAUUAUGGCCUGGCAUAUAGGUACGCACCCGACAGUGUCCUCAAAGAGUACAAGGAAGACCCCAAGAGAUGCCAUGACGGUACCAUCGAGUUCACAAGCAUUGACGCCCACAAAGGAGCAUCUGCAUCUAGGCGGAGCGACCUGGAGAUCCUGUGCUACUGCAUGGUUCAGUGGCUGUGUGGACGCCUACCUUGGGAGGACAAGCUGCAGGACCCCCUCUACGUCAGAGACUCUAAACUCAGGAGUCAAGAAAACAUCUCUGAAUUCAUGACCAAGUGUUUCUCCCCUCAAGACAAGCCAGAUGAGAUCCAGAGGUUCAUGGAGGAAGUUAAAUCUCUGGGAUACCAAGACAAACCACCGUACGACAAGUUACGCUCCAUCCUGCAGGCUGGACUGAAGGCCAUCCAGGCUAAAGAUGACGGCAAACUGGAGUUCACUCCUGUGAGUGGAGCAGUAUCAACUCCUGCUAAGAAGACCACAAAGAGAAAGAAAGCAGCAGAUGAAGCCGGAGAGAGUGAGACUGAAGGAAGUCUCAUCAAGAAAAAGAGAGUCACAAAGAAAAAAGAAGUGAAUGGAGUGAAGAAAAAUACCAAAAAGACUCCAAUACCAAGGAAGGCACCCAGCACUGGAAAACAGGGUGACCCCAAAUCCAGACUGGUGGAGAUGGGCACCCAGACGUCACCCGGACUCGCCCAGAGAACCCGAGGCAGAACCAAGACAACCAACUCUUAGACAUCCUCCUCUGUCUACCCCCCCCCUCCUACUUUGUCCUCUCUGCUUCUUAAAAAGUCUACUUUUUUAAGUUUUAUAUAGUAGGGUUUUCUGUCUGUUAUGCACCGAUAGAUGUUUGUUUGUAUUUGGUGUGGUUGAAGCCAAAUCAUUUGUAAUAAAGAGGAAAUUAAAUUGUC